AUGUCUGAGCCCCAGCGUAUGCAGACCCGAGCUAAGAAUGCAACCCAGCGCCCCGGUCUACAUCUUCUUGAGGCUCAAGCUGAGCAAAACCCGGUAAAACGGCGCACCAAGGCCGAGAAGGCUGCUGAUGACCAGCACGAGAAGGAUUCAAAGGAGGCAAAAGCUGCAGCCAUUCAAGACAGCUACAAACACAUUGCCGUGCUUCAAGAGCAGAUGCAAGUCACACAGCAAAAUGCACAUGCUGACGCACCUAAGUCAAGACGCCCUUGCCCUUGUCCACACCAGGUAAAGCACAUCAGUGAUGCCUCUGGAUCAAAGGCUGCAAAUGAAGGAAACACAGCAGCUGACAGCAUUGUAGUGAAAGGGGUGCAAAAGGGGCACGAGGGCCAGGCAAAGGGCAAGUGUGCUGCUGAUGUUGCUCAGCUUGCAAGUGAUGAGGAGGAAGAAAUACCUGCACCUGCAAAGUCGAAGUUAAAGAAGGCCUUGAAGACAGCUGUUCGUGAUGCAAUUGAGGCUGUUUCUGAUGCGGUUGAUGGAACUGUGCAGGCACAUAUUUCUCAUGGGAAUACCGAUGCGGUCCCCACGCCUGCUCACCUGAAGUUCCAACUCGCUGGGCGUAUCCAAGGAUGGGGCGCAGGCAUUCCCGCCACUGGAGUCAAGCCGUUGUCUAAGUAUGCAAAGUCCACGAGUUCAGCCUCUUCGUUUGUCCCGCAAACUAUGUCUUCAAUUGCAACAUUGUCGACCGCACCCUCUAUAGUCUCAAGGGGCUCGACUGUCAGUAGCUGCCCUCCCCCACCAACUCCUGUCAAUUCUCCUUUUCCUGGUGAUGACAUUGUCAUGUCAGGCACCUCAGGGCCAUUCAACAACGCAAUGGACGACUCUGUCGAGCGUGAAGCAGCUCUUGCUUGCACUAGCAAAGGCAAGGGUGUUCUGAUUGCUGUCAACACCAGUUUACUUGACAAUACGGAUGGUGUAGACAGCAUGGAUGUCGCAGAUGUUGGAGACCAAAUCGAAAACAACAUCACGUCCUCCGAGUCAGACAUCGAAGCAGACAGCAAUGAUAUGGAUCUUACACCUCCACUCCACCCAGUGGAUGGCAACAACGCUGACCUUAUGCCUCCUCACUCCACCCAGGUACCCAUGGCUCAAGCGCCUGCUCGCUCUGCAGUUAAAUUACAUCGCAAAGUUACGGACCCCCUCAACUCUGAAUCCAAAGUGAAAAUUAUGGAGAACAUUGAUGAGUUCAAGGCCGUCAUCAAGUCUGAGCCGCUGACGCAACAUGUCACUUCCUCAACAGACAUUGCUGUCAUGAUGAAAGCACCGGCUGCAAAGCGCCUCAAGCUCCACCUGUCCACCAUCGCCAAUGACGGAAGUAACUCCUCUAUCGACACAACAGCAUCCAUGAGUGACGACGACAUCAAGACUGACACCGACCAGCAGGAUCUCGUGUUAAGUUUGUUUGCUUCACAAAUACGGCUUCUUUCCUCGCACACCAUAUGUGUGCUGCAGGUGAGGGGUGCGCUCAGCCUUGCCACGGCAGCGAUGGAACGUGCACUACGACUUUUUGCAGACGGUAAUAUCACUCUAGGUGACAUAGAUGUGAACGGCAAUGGAAAGCCUGCAAAGACCCCCCACAAGCACAACAAGGCAACUGGGAAGGAAAGCAGUGCAUUGCUUGCAUUUUCGGAGGCAAACUGGGGCUCUGCAACAAGAGCUUACAUGAGAUCUAUUAACCGUCACGGUGAAGAGCUUGUCAUGUCGUUUUCAGAGCUCGCACAUAACAUCGCCUUGAAAAGGCGUGGGGUACCAACCUGGACCACCACAGUUCCAGUUCAUGAGGACAACUCUGAGGACGAGCGCGUGCGGAUCUAA